AUGGAUAAAGAGUCAAUUUUGCAUCUUCUUCAAAGAGCGAGAGAAGUCAGAGAAAAUGCUUAUGCUCCAUACAGUAAAUUCCGAGUCGGGGCUGCUUUGCUUACAACUGAUGGGAAAAUUUUCACUGGUUGUAAUGUCGAAAAUUUGGCUUAUGGAAGUGCCACUUGCGCAGAAAGAACUGGAAUUUGCAAGGCUGUCAGCGAAGGAAGCAGGACUUUCUCGGCUUGUUUGAUUACUUCAGACCUGGAAGACUGGAUCUACCCUUGUGGAAAUUGCCGCCAAACACUCGCUGAAUUCGGCGACAUGACCUUGAUUUUGACGAAAAACGAAGGCGACGAAACUAAAAUCAUGAAACUUUCCGACAUCCACGGCGGAUGCUUUGCGACCAUGAAUGAACUUCUCAAUAAAGAAUAA